AUGAAGAUGACGCAUAUGAUCAAUGAAGUAAUCAACGACUUAUUAGCAGCAACUCCAUGUGAGGUUCUGAUCACGCCCCCGCCCUAUGACGAGAAGCAAACUUUGAAUGACAAGGUUAACAUAACCUACCGACAUGUACUAAGAAAUCUUAAGUUUAAAAACCAGAUUGGAAGCUUGGUUUAUAGUUUCUAUUUGGGGAAACUUAUAGACGAAGCAAGCCCAGACCAACAAACUGAAUAUCGAAAAAGAAUCACGAAGCACUACUACAUGGCCGUAACCAGAGCUUAUUGGUUAUUCAAAACUUACGGAAUGGAGCAAGCAUACUGCACCCAAAAAUUAGUCUUAUCAGAUCUUGCGACUAUGAAGGCAGAAGAUUUCUGA